UUUUUCCGGUUUUUCCACUCGUUCUACUCUUCUUGGGAAAGAAAGCUGUGUCUGGUCCUUUUCAAGCACUUGGCUUUCUUUGGGUCUUUAUGUUAACGAUUUAAAAAAUCAGACCUCCUGCUCCUUCCUCAGGUGUUUCUGAAGCCAGCUUCUCCUCUCUCUCUCUCUCUAGAGGGGUUUGUUUGGGAUGGCGGCACCCACUGUUGCGCCUUCUCUUUCUGCUCUCACAUGGGUCAUCUUGUUCUCGAUCGUUUAAGCUCCUUCAAGAUCAUCUUCAGUUUGCAGUCGGCAUCUUCGGAGAAGAACAUAAGAAAAUUUGAGCUUUUUGUGUGCUUCGAAAGAGGGUUUUUAAUGGUACCUCCAGAUCCUUCGUAUUCCUAGAGAGUUCGCGGUUGGGAGAAGUUAAGAGCCUUUAGGGGUGGGCCUGGCCUUUGCUUUUCAGUUCAAGAACUUGGAACGGUCAUGACUGGGGAGUGAACGGUGAACAAGAAUGGAAGAGUUUUACAGGCUUGACACUUCGGUUCAGUGUUCGGAUGAAAUGGUUAGGGUAGAGAGCAUCACUGGUGCUGCUAGCACUGCCGACGCUGAUGACGAUAAUGAUUUCCAAGGGUCCUUGAACGACUUGGUCCGGUCCGGGUCGGGUAGAUUCAUGGAAUCCGGUGAAGGGUUCGAGAUGUCUGAUCUGAUCAAGACCCAGAUUGCCACUCACCCUUUGUAUCCUCAACUUGUGUCUGCCUAUGUAGAAUGUCAAAAGGUUGGAGCACCUCCAGAAAUCGCCACACUUCUUGAAGAGAUUGGCCGAGACCAAAAACGCCGGACAGGAGCUUGCGCCGAAUACGGAGCUGAUCCGGAACUUGAUGAGUUCAUGGAAUCCUACUGUGAGGUCCUUCACACAUACAAGGAGGAGCUGUCCAAGCCCUUUGAUGAGGCCACUAUCUUCUUGAGCAACAUCGAGUCACAACUUAGCAACCUUUGUAUAGAUGCUCCAACAGCUUUUCGUUCAGGGCAUUGCAUCUCAGAUGAAGUGGGCGGGAGUUCAGAAGAGGAGCUCAGUUGCGGGGAAGUAGAAGCGCCGGAAGGUCAAGAAUAUUUGUUCGGGAUGCCUCCUUGCGACAAGAACCUGAAGGAGGUUCUCCUGCGCAAGUACAGCGGCUACCUCAGCAGUUUGAGGAAGGAGUUCUUGAAGAAGAGGAAAAACGGGAAGUUACCGAAGGAUGCAAGGAUGACGCUUCUCAACUGGUGGAACUCCCACUAUCGAUGGCCAUAUCCGACGGAAGAGGAAAAAUUGAAACUAUCUGAAGUCACGGGGCUAGACCAAAAGCAAAUUAACAAUUGGUUCAUAAACCAGAGGAAGCGGCAUUGGAAGCCAUCCGAAGACAUGAGAUUCGCCUUGAUGGAGGGCGUCAGCAGUGGUAUUGGAACGGCUGCAUAUUUCGAUACUGGAGGUGGAGGUCAGAAUGAUGUUUAAAAUUGAUCGACAGACUCUGGAUUGGACUCGUGUUAUGUUCUUCCUCUCGAUGCCAGUCAUUCUUUGCCCGUGUAUGUUGUUUCUUCAUGUAUGUAAUUUCUUCGAACACGCAACUCCUUAUAGAUAGUUAAACUGUCUGCAUAUUUUAGCUCUGGUGUCUGAGUUCCAAGCAAAACGGAAAGGCGGUACCUGUUUAUCUCAUAGAAGGAAUAGAUGAGAGGCAUAAGAUAGUUCUCUCCGUUGUGUUUAGACAUGACUUUUUAUGCUUUUUUCUUAUUAAGACACUCUCCUGGCUCGUUAUAUUAGAUCAAGUCGAUCAACAGCUUAGAACACAAUGAGAUCAGCACUGACAAGGACAUCCUGAGUUGCUGUCCCGUGAUUGAUUUCAUCCAUAAUGUUAUGCUGUCUAAUGGACGAGUCCAUACACUAGUUUCGGUUGUCAUAUGUUGGUGGACGGUAUUCUUGUGGCUGGCUCUUGAAGGUUGGA